GAAUAUCCUUACCAGAUUAGGUUAGGAAUUGAUUUGUUACUCCUCGAAAGCAAAGUACGAAAUGCUUAAUUUCCUGUUCUCCAUGGGAUUUGGUUACCCUUUUAACGGUUAUCUUUCUUCCUUAGUUUGAAUUGUUAAUUUUGUCCUGCAAACUAAUCUUAUCCAUAUCGCAAAAGAAAAAGAUUAAGCUAUAAACACCCAUCAUAAACGAGGAUUGGUUGAGGGACCGUUUACACCAAAAUAAUUUUCAUUAAUUAUUGCUUGUGUGAACAGCUUGACCAAUUUAAGUAGUUGGUCCAUGUGUACAUGAAUGGUCCAAUUUAUCAAGUCAGGCCAUAGGAAUAAUGGAUGGUAGUGUCCAAAUACAUGGAUACCAUCCAAAAUCCAUAAUGAAUGGUAGUGUCCAAAUACAUGGAUACCAUCCAAAAUACAUAAUGGAUGGUAGUGUCCAAUGUAAUGGAUAUCGUCCAAACCCUAAUGGAUGAUGAUAGGGUAUGGUGACCAUUUAAUAUGCGUACCAUCCAUGGACUGUUCUCUUAGUCAACAUGGAUACCAUCCAAUUUGUUUUGUGUACGGUGACCGUCCAAUGGUCAAGUGACAUGAUGACGUGUCGAGGUGGUUACCAGAAGCAGCACUUGACUUGCAAAGAACGCUUGGGGAAGUUACUGGAUGCUACGUGGAGCUGAUUUUUGGGAAGAGAGAGAAAAGGCGGUUAGAGGGUGAGGCACAACAAAACUGGCAGCAAGACUCUGGACGAAGGACAGACAAAUCAUACCACAACAAGUCUCGUCAAAAUUUAUCUUUUCUCUCUAGAACAGUAACCGUAGCAGUAGCAGUAGCACCAGGGACCCUCCAACGAGGCUUCUCUGUUAGUUGUAGUCAAUAGUUGCGGCUCUCAAGGAAUCUCCGUAGGAGUAGAGGUAAAAGUAGUCAGUUCCUUUGAUGUAUGCAUCGAACACCCUUGUCCGAACAGUGUUUGAAGAGGUGUGAACCGAGUAACAUCGUUUUUUGUUUUCUUGAAGUUAGGGUGCAUUGAUCACGCGAAAUUCCACCUGAAACAAAUUGGCACACCUGGUGGGACAACGUGUGUUCGAUAUGGCUCCGCGACGAAGGAUUCAGGAUGGUGAUCCUCCACAAGGUGCUGUGGAGGAGGGGCAGUUGGUUAACGUUGAAGUUGACCAAGCAGGAGGAAACAAUGAUGGAGCAGAGGUUCCAAACAUGGCACCAAAUUCAGAUCUAGGCGACGCAGUGGUGUCUCUUCAUAAGAUGAUGGAGGAGAACCGCAAAGCAACGGAGGAGAACCGCAAAGCAACAGAGGAAACCCGCCAAAUUAUGGCGGAGAGCCGCCGGUUGAUAGAGGAAGCCAGAGCUAUGGCUCGUCAGGUAAAAUCUCAAGUUGAUUGUCUCAAUUCCCGCGUAGAUAGACGAUUGGCUCAAUUGUUUGAGUUGGUAAACAAAAAUACGAAUGAUUUGGGUGAGUUUAGGCAAUUGUUGAAUAGACCAGUUUUACAAACUAGGGCUUUGUCUUCGGAUGGUCGAGACUUUCCAAAUCUUGAAAGUGAAAACGUUAACCUACCAUCCAACGGUGGUGGUCGAGGUGAGCAACCACGCCCGGUGAACCCUACACCACCGGUGACAACCACCGUACCAACACCUCAAAGGGUGAAUGUUGGCGAGAGUCACGCCACUUCAUCUAAGAUCCAUGUUGAGCAACCACCACCUAGACAAGGUGUUGCUCGACAAAACAUUUCAGAAGCCAGACCAUACAUAGCUCCUGUUAAUGUUGGGAUGGGUUUGGGUCCAAACAAUGUUGACCCGAUACUACCACGUGAGUACUCGCAGCAAAUCCCGCCCCCUAUGAAUAUGCAAGGUGUGGAUCCUGGUGGAUUCAUACCACUUGGGAGAAAGGAGGGGGGCAUGAGAUCCCACCACAUGGAAGAUUGAAGGAGAAACAAUAUCGUCAGUGGCAAAGAAGUUUGCCACAUCCAACGUGUUCUAGAAAAAAUCAGAUGAGGGUUGCCACAAAUUCUCCUCAAUAUGGAGGUGGUGGCCACAUGAAAAAAUUCAAUGCUGCGAAAGCUGGCAUAACUCAGUAUAAUCCUCCAUGUAAAGGGUCUUCAAAGACUCCACUGAGUGGACAGGGGGGCCAGCUCGAUCAAACCCGACAUGGAGUUGCCACACCAAUGUUGGUUGCGAACAAGUCUGCCAUGAAUGGUGGACAUGUGGGCAAGACCAAUUCGCACACACGUGUUGGUGGAGCUCGCAAACCUCGGUGCUCACCCUCUCAACGUCAGGAGAGUGUGCAGUCGACAAAAAAUAACCAUUGUGGGCAAGUGAAGCCACAUGGUCGAUUUGGCCAGACAAGGGUGCCAAAAAAACAUGAAUAUCCUGUAUAGAGCCAAGAACGCUUAUGGUUUUCGUGAGGCUGAGAUGAGGCCAAAUCAGGCUUGUAGAGUUUUGAAAAAAGUUGUUCGAGCUGGACGAAAUGGAGAGUUGCAAGCCAACAAUGGCUCCAAAACAUCAAAACCAACAUGUGUGAAGCCAGCUAUGACAAGUCAUGGCAUUCACGGAUGGUAUGCUUGGUUUGAUCUGUGGAGUUGGCAAUGGGUAUGGACCUUCGACAUGAUGGCCUAUGCCACAGUCUAGCUUAUUAUUAAAUAAAUAAAGUGUGGCUAAAUUAGGCCAUGUUAUAUGUUAAAAAAAUUUAAAAAUUAUUAAAAUAUUUUGGCGACGUUAUUAAAAAGAAGCCACAACGUUGUUGAAAAUGGUUCAAGAUGACAAGCACAUUGCCUCAUGUGAUGUGUUAGAGAAUAUCAAUCUUGGCAUGGAGGACGAUCCUCGUCCAACUUUUAUAAGUUCCAACUUACGAGAGUCUUAUAUUAAUGGCAAGUACUUUAUGCCAUAUGUACCGUCCCUUUGGGACAUUAAGGAGUGUUAGUAAUUUAGAUGUCGUCCAAGUGCAGACGGAGACCUAGUUGAAGUUGACAUGGUUUCUAAGAUGUGCAACAUGGCCAAGGAGUGAGAUGGCCAGGACAAAUCUUUUCUGGAUUGGCCAUUAAAAGGGAUUUGUUUUUCUCGGAAGCAAAAUGGUUGCCGUCCAAAUAGAUAGUUUGGAUGGUUGAGUCAAAACAUGGUUACCUUGCCACCUUCUGGAUAAAUUGUAUCAUCCAUGUUACUAGAAGCCAAAGAUGGUUGGCCUUAAGUAAUUUGUAACUAUGGUUUGGUUAAGUGGUUGCAUGGAUAGUGUUGUCCAAGCAAAAAGACAUCGUCCAUGUUGUAUAUGGAUUGUGAUUGAGUUUGGCCGAGUAACCAUCCAUGAUUGAGAGGAGGAGUACCUGAGCUUGGUGACUUGAGGUCGAGCGGUAGCAAGAGUCUUGCCAUGGGGAAGCAUCGCACAGCUUUGGAGGUACGGUGAUAUUUUUUGAGUUGUGAAUUAUGGUGAAUGGGAGCAACAAUUUAUAGAGAAAAGUUUAAUUCUGCCCUAAUAGGAUUGAGUUUCCUCUUGCUAGUAGGAUAUGGAUUAUGAGGUGUGUCCUACAUGAAAAAGAAUUUGUGUUCCUUAUCACAAAAGGAAAAGGUAGGCUACAUUAAUUGGCUAAAAAUUGUAUUAUUAGCCGAGUUGGAGAAGGACACCCUCUUGGUGUGUUUCAUUUACAUGGCCAGGAAGGAAUUACAUUCCUUAUGUGACUUGGACAUGGCUACAUAAAGCCAACAUCUGCUUCAAGUGGUUGCGCAUCUAGUAUAGUUGGUGUCAACAACUUAGUUCAUAAGAAUUAGUUCUUAUAAACUAAGUUGUGGGGGACAUUUGUUUACACCAAAAUAAUUUUCAUUAAUGAUUGCUUGUGUGAAUAUCUUGACCAAUUUAAGUAGUUGGUCCAUGUGUACAUGAAUGGUCCAAUUUAUCAAGUCAGGCCAUAGGAAUAAUGGAUGGUAGUGUCCAAAUACAUGGAUACCAUCCAAAAUCCAUAAUGGAUGGAAGUGUCCAAAUACAUAGAUACCAUCCAAAAUCCAUAAUGGAUGGUAGUGUCCAAUGUAAUGGAUACCGUCCAAACCCUAAUGGAUGAUGCUAGGGUAUGGUGACCAUUUAAUAUGUGUACCAUCCAUGGACUAUUGUCUUAGUCAACAUGGAUAUCAUCCAAUUUGUUUUGUGUACAGUGACCGUCCAAUGGUCAAAUGACAUGAUGACGCGUCGAGGUGGUUACAAGAAGCAACACUUGACUUGCAAAGAACGCUUGGGGAAGUUACUGGAUGCUACGUGGAGCUUAUUUUUGGGAAGAGAGAGAGAAGGCAGUUAGAGGGUGAGGCACAACAAAACUGGCAGCAAGACUCUGGACGAAGGACAGACAAAUCAUACCACAACAAAUCUCGUCAAAAUUUAUCUUUUCUCUCUAGAACAGUAACCGUAGCAGUAGCACCAGGGACCCUCCAACGAGGCUUCUCUGUUAGUUGUAGUCAGUAGUUGCGGAGCUCUCAAGGAAUCUCCAUAGGAGUAGAGGUAGAAGUAGCCAGUUCCUUUGAUGUAUGCAUCGAACACCCUCGUUCGAACCGUGUUUGAAGAUGUGUGAACCGAGUAACAUCGUUUUCCGUUUUCUUGAAGUCAGGGUGUAUUGAUCACGCGAAAUUCCACCAGAAACAGGGACCACGGAAGAGGUUGGAUCGGCCGGUUCCACGACAAAGUGUAAGAGAGAUCCAUUAUUAAUAAGUUUGAAUUUAACCUUAAUUGACAAUAAUGAUAGGUGAUCUUAUGGGAAGUUAUCUUAAUAUACACUUUAAGGUAAA